AAUUUCUCCUCUGUUUCAAGCAGAAGCUGAAACUCCAGAACCAUCUGUUUAUACAACCGCGUCCCCCGAAGGCUGUAGUACUUUCCAGAAUCUUCUCCGCCUUCCAUUUCCAUUAUAAAUACUCAGCAAACAUUCCCUAUUUACUAUCAAAAUCAAAUCAUCUCUACAAUCACAAACGCAAUCGCAAACACAAUUACUCUGUUUUUGAUUAUAUCACCAUGGAUUUCAGGCUAAUGGGAAUCGAUCAUCCCCUCCUCAACACUUUCUACCACAUUCUCGACGACGAUCAUCACGAGAGCAACAACAAGAACAAGUCUGAACAGGCGAGGAGCUAUGUUCGCGAUGCCAAAGCAAUGGCGACUACUCCAGCUGACGUGAAAGAGUACCCGAACGCCUAUGUGUUUGUUGUGGAUAUGCCUGGCUUGAAAUCAGGGGAUAUUAAGGUCCAGGUGGAGGAGAAGAAUGUGCUGGUGGUGAACGGAGAGCGGAAGAGAGAAGAGGAAAAUGGCGUCAAGUAUGUGCGGAUGGAGAGGAAGGUCGGGAAGUUUAUGAGGAAGUUUGUGUUGCCUGAGAAUGCUAAUUUGGAGAAUAUUAAGGCGGUUUGUCAGGACGGUGUGUUGAGUGUUACCGUGGAGAAGUUGCCGCCUCCGGAGCCUAAGAAGCCUAAGACCAUCGAGGUUCAGAUUGCUUGAGUGACGAUGAAGCUUCGAGAUUGUUCUGGAGUUCUUUAUUUUGUUGUUGAAAUUUGAAAAUAAUUAGUUUUGGCCUUUUGGGUGAUGUAUUUGAUAGCUACUUAAUGAGUUAAUGGAUGUAGUUCUGCUUUAUACGUAAUGGAUGUGAUUUUU